AUGGAGAGCCCAGACUUGCCUGGAGAGACUACAGACAUGCAUGGAGAGACUACAGACAUGCAUGGAGAGACUACAGACAUACCUGGAGAGACCACAGACAUACCUGGAGAGACCACAGACAUACCUGGAGAGACCAUGGACAUGCCUGGAGAGACCACAGACAUGCCUGGAGAGACCACAGACAUACCUGGAGAGACCACAGACAUACCUGGAGAGACCACAGACAUGCCUGGAGAGAUCACAGACAUACCUGGAGAGACCACAGAUAUGCAUGGAGAGACCACAGACAUGCCUGGAGAGAUCACAGACAUGCCUGGAGAGACCACAGAUAUGCAUGGAGAGACCACAGACAUACCUGGAGAGACCACAGACAUGCCUGGAGAGACCACAGAUAUGCCUGGAGAGACUACAGACAUGCCUGGAGAGACCACAGACAUACCUGGAGAGACCACAGACAUGCCUGGAGAGACCACAGACAUGCCUGGAGAGACCACAGACAUGCCUGGAGAGACCACAGACAUGCCUGGAGAGACCACAGACAUGCAUGGAGAGACCACAGACAUGCCUGGAGAGACCACAGACAUGCCUGGAGAGACCACAGACAUACCUGGAGAGACCACAGACAUGCCUGGAGAGACCACAGACAUGCCUGGAGAGACCACAGACAUGCCUGGAGAGACCACAGACAUGCCUGGAGAGACCACAGACAUGCCUGGAGAGACCACAGACAUGCCUGGAGAGACCACAUACAUGCCUGGAGAGGCUACAGAAAUGCCUGGAGAGACCACAGACAUGCCUGGAGAGACCACAGACAUACCUGGAGAGACCACAGACAUGCCUGGAGAGACCACAGACAUGCAUGGAGAGACCACAGACAUACCUGGAGAGACCACAGACAUACCUGGAGAGACCACAGACAUGCCUGGAGAGACCACAGACAUGCAUGGAGAGACCACAGACAUACCUGGAGAGACCACAGACAUGCCUGGAGAGAUCACAGACAUGCCUGGAGAGAUCACAGACAUGCCUGGAGAGACCACAGACAUGCCUGGAGAGACCACAGACAUGCCUGGAGAGACCACAGACAUGCCUGGAGAGACUACAGACAUGCCUGGAGAGACCACAGACAUGCCUGGAGAGACCACAGACAUGCCUGGAGAGACUACAGACAUGCCUGGAGAGACUACAGACAUGCCUGGAGAGACUACAGACAUACCUGGAGAGACUACAGACAUACCUGGAGAGACCACAGACAUACCUGGAGAGACCACAGACAUGCAUGGAGAGACCACAGACAUACCUGGAGAGACUACAGACAUGCCUGGAGAGACCACAGACAUACCUGGAGAGACCACAGACAUGCCUGGAGAGACCACAGACAUGCCUGGAGAGACCACAGACAUGCCUGGAGAGACCACAGACAUGCCUGGAGAGACCACAGACAUGCCUGGAGAGACCACAGACAUACCUGGAGAGACCACAGACAUGCCUGGAGAGACUAUAGACAUGCAUGGAGAGACCACAGACAUGCAUGGAGAGAUCACAGACAUGCCUGGAGAGACUACAGACAUGCCUGGAGAGACCACAGACAUGCCUGGAGAGACUACAGACAUACCUGGAGAGACCACAGACAUGCAUGGAGAGAUCACAGACAUGUCUAGAGAGCAAUAA